AUGAUAAGUAUAAAAUUACGUUUGAAACUUCUUCCGUUCCAGGCUGAGGCGCUGCAGUGGUUCAAGAGCCAAGAAGAUGGACGUUUUAAGGGCGGAAUUCUGGCGGACGAAAUGGGAAUGGGAAAAACGAUUCAGAUGAUCUCAUUAUUACUCACUGAUUUGCCAGCCAAGAUGCAUACUCUAGUUAUAACACCUACCGUAGCUCUUUUGCAAUGGAAGUCAGAAUUAUUUUUGCACACUGAGAAAAAUUCCCUUUCUGUGUUUAUUUAUUACGGCUCGGCGUGUUCUGAUUUGACUAUAGAAGACUUGAAAAAGUAUAAUGUUGUUCUAACGACGUAUUCAUCCAUUGAAAGUGCUUAUAGAAGGCAGCAUUUAGGCUUUCGAAGAAACGGAAAGUACGUUAAGAAAAGCUCCCUUUUACACUCUUUUCACUGGGAUCGGAUUAUUCUAGAUGAAGCGCAUCAUAUCAAAGAAAAAAAUACGUCUACCGCUCAGUCUGCUUAUAAACUGGAGGCGACUUUUCGUUGGGGAUUGUCCGGAACGCCACUUCAGAAUCGGCUGGGCGAAUUGUAUUCUUUGAUAAAAUUUCUCAGGAUUGAUCCAUACGCUUAUUAUUAUUGUUAUACUUGUAGCUGUAAAUCGCUUACUUGGAACUUUUCAGAUCACAGUUAUUGCGAUCUUUGUGGCCACUACAGGAUGCAGCACUUUUGCUUUUGGAAUAAAGAAAUAAUGCGUCCUAUUCAGAAGUUUGGCAAUUUCAGUUCUGGCCUUACUGCUUUUGGAAAACUUGGUUGGUUGCUCCAUAACAUAAUGAUUCGCAGAACUAAAAUUGAAAAAGCUGCUGAUUUAGGGCUUCCUCCCCGCCUGAUUUACCGAAGAAGCUGUUACUUUAAUGACGAGGAACUUGACUUCUAUGAAUCUUUGUAUUCCGAGUCCCGUACAACAAUGCAGGCUUACGUCGAGGCGGGAACACUAUUAAACAAUUACGCACACAUUUUUGAUCUUCUGACUAAAAUGCGGCAGGCGGCUGACCAUCCUUUCUUGGUGGUCUUUGGCAAUAGACUGUCAAAUUCCCUUUCUUGCAGUGAUGUGUGUGGCAUUUGCCAGGGAGAAGCAGAAGACCCAAUUAUCUCUAAAUGUCAUCACGUGUUUUGCCGUGAGGAUGUUAAAGAAUUCAUUGAUACGUGUCCUGAGCCUUCUCCUGUUUGCCCAAAAUGCUACAUACCUUUAACCAUUGACCUUGAGCAACCUACUCUUGCGCCCUCGGAAAAAGUAACCUCGAAAGCCGCUCUACGAAAUCGGACGAGUAUUUUAAACCGCAUGGAUAUAGGCGGUUGGAAGUCCAGUACCAAAAUUGAAGCGCUUUUAGAAGAGUUAAGCAACCUUCGAAACCGUAACUGUACUAUUAAAAGUAUUGUCUUCAGCCAAUAUUGUAGUUUUUUGGAUCUUAUUGAGUGGCGGCUUUUGCGGUGCGGCUUUAAUGCUGUUAAACUUGAUGGCCGGAUGACGCCGGAGCAAAGAGCUUCGGUCAUUGACCGGUUCUCGAAGGAUCCUAAUAUAGCCGUUUUUCUUAUUUCCCUUAAGGCGGGGGGUGUUGCGCUAAACUUGACGGAGGCGAGUCGUGUUUUUCUUAUGGACUGCUGGUGGAAUCCUGCCGUGGAAUACCAAGCAAUGGACCGAAUUCAUAGGUUGGGACAGUUACGGCCCAUCGAAGUCAUCAGGAUAAUUGUUGAAAAUAGUAUAGAAAGCAGAAUUCUGCAACUUCAAGUAUUUCGAAAAAAAACUGUUACUCUUUGA